CAAGUGAAAUAUAGUGGAAUAGUAAAAUCAGUUUAUUCUUGUUUAAAUAUAAUUUCACUUAGAAAUAAUAUAAUUUUAAAAAGUUUUUUAAUGAAAAAAGUAUUGUUUUAUAAGUUUUAAUCAAUUAAAUAAAAGUUUAAAGUAUUUUAAAUCUGACAACUAAACCAUAGUUUUGUUGGUAGCACUGAAAAUCGAUGACCUCAUACUUGUAUUCAAGUUUCAAGAACGCUCCAUCUACAGAAACUAGUCGCCCACCGGUGUUUUUGGAACAAUCCCUUUCAAAUAUAAAUUCAUCAUUGAACAUAUCUAAAAUCAUUUUUCAUGAAGAAAUCACAUUUUUACAAAGUGUUUACCUUAAAUAGACUGCAAAAUCACUGUGAUCAAAAAAUUAGUGUUUAUUAUAAUUAUUUAACAAAAAUAUAUAAAUAAAUAAAUUAACAUAAAGUACUAAAAAAUAAUCAUUUAAAAAUGGAAGCUGGAUGUCGUAUUGAACCUGGAUUAAGUGUGAAUAUAAAACGUAGCGAUGGUCGUAUUCACUCCGCGUUGGUUUCUCACGUCAGUUGGGAAACACGUAGUGUUACAGUGGAAUGGUUCGAAAAGGGUGAAACAAAAGGCAAAGAAGUUGAAAUUUCCUUAGUAAUUGCUUUAAAUCCAGAAUUAAUUGAAACGUCAAAAUCAUUGCGACAAACACAACAAUCUGCACAAAGUCAACAAAACUUACAAACACAGAAUAAUCAAAUGCAACCACCUCGAGUGUUACGUAGUUCAUCUCGUGCUUCAAUACCUGUAUCAAAUAAAGGAUCGUAUCGUUUACCAACAAAUAACAAUCGACGACAAACGAAUGUAACGCAACCAGAAAAUGUCAAUGGGAAAACAGAACGUGAAGGUGGACGUGAAAAUAUACCACCAAUGCCUACACAACAAAAUGCUCGAACUAACGAACAACCGAAUCGAAAUAUACAAUCCCAAAUGGCAAAUCUUCCUGUAUCUAGUGCUACAGUUACACAGAAUAAACAAUCACGAAAAAGUACUGUUGUCGAAGAAGUUGAACGAUUGAAGAAAAAUCGAGAAGAACGACGCCAACGACAAGCAGAAGAAAAAGCUGAGAAAGAAGCACUUAUGAAUUUAGAUCCUGGUAAUCCAAAUUGGGAAUUUUUAGCAAUGAUUCGUGAAUAUCAAAAUAGCAUUGAUUUUCGGCCGUUACGUGGAAACGAAGGCGUUGAAGAUCAUCAAAUCACUGUAUGUGUACGAAAACGGCCAUUGAAUAAAAAAGAAAAUAAUUUUAAAGAAGUCGAUGUAAUUAGCAUUCCCAGUAAAGAUUCGAUUGUUAUUCACGAACCAAAAAAUAAAGUAGAUCUUACAAAAUUUUUGGAAAAUCAACUAUUUCGAUUUGAUUAUGUUUUUAACGAUAAAUGUGAUAACGAAUUGGUUUAUAAAUACACAGCGAAGCCUUUAGUUAAAACAGUAUUCGAAGGUGGAAUGGCAACAUGUUUCGCUUAUGGUCAAACAGGGUCAGGAAAAACACAUACUAUGGGUGGUGUAUUUCAAGGAAAAACUCAGAAUUGUAAGAAUGGUAUUUAUGCCAUGGUAGCUAAAGAUGUAUUUGAAUAUUUAAACUCUCCUAAAUACAAAAGUUUAAAACUAAUGGUAUCUGCAAGUUUUUUUGAAAUAUAUUCGGGAAAAGUAUUUGAUCUAUUAGCGGAUAAAUCCAAGUUACGUGUGUUAGAAGAUGGAAAAGGUCAAGUACAAAUUGUGGGCUUAACAGAGAAAGUUGUUGAUAAUUGUGAUGAAGUUUUACGAUUAAUUCAACAUGGUAAUCAAGCACGUACUUCUGGACAAACAAGUGCAAAUAGUAAUUCAUCACGUUCGCAUGCAGUAUUUCAAAUUGUUUUACGACCAUGUGGAUUAAAUCGUAUACAUGGUAAGUUUUCAUUGAUUGAUUUAGCGGGAAAUGAACGUGGAGCGGAUACUUCAUCAGCUAAUCGACAAACACGAAUGGAAGGUGCUGAAAUUAAUAAAUCCUUGUUGGCGUUAAAAGAAUGUAUUCGAGCGUUAGGUCGAAAAGGUACACAUUUACCGUUCCGGGCAAGUAAACUAACACAAGUUUUACGUGAUUCUUUUAUUGGUGAUAAAUCACGUACUUGUAUGAUUGCAAUGAUAUCACCAGGAAUGAAAUCGUGUGAACAUACUUUAAAUACUCUUCGAUAUGCAGAUCGUGUUAAGGAAUUAGCUGUGGUUGAUCCUUCAGAACCACGUGGUGGAGAUAAUGAUGAUCCACCUGAAGAAAUCCUUAAUCAUUCAGCAACACAUCAUCAUGACGAUUCAGAUUUAGAACGUUUAAGAUCGUUAAAUGAAGGUGAUAUGUCUGCAGAUAUGUACAAUUUUCAUGAAGCUGUGUCACAACUACAAAUGGCCGAAGAGGAGGUGUUAGAAAAUCAUAAGAAUAUCCUAGAACAACUACAAGAAUUUAGUAAUGAAUCGUUACGUUUAUUUAAUAUGACAAAAGUAGUCGAUUACGAUCAAGAUAUGUAUUCGCAGCGUUGGGAAUCGUUACUACAGCAGCAAGUUAAUCGAUUAAUGCAAGCACGUAAUCUAGUGUGUGAGUUUAGAUCGAAAUUAAAAGAAGAAGAGGAAGUGAGUAAAAAAAUGAAAAUUAAAAAAAAUUUCGAUAAUUAAAGGUAAACUACGCUUACGAUUGUACUCUGUCUCAAUUUUCAUCUGCUGUAAAAGUUUUUUAUCUGGCACAUCGAAUUUUUUUUAAUCAUGUUAGAUUUUUUUAUUGGAAUAAUGACUACAUUUACAUAGAAAAUAUCGAAAUAAUCGAAUUCAAUUUACGCAUGUUCUCAAUUUUAAUAUUUAAUUUUUC